AAAAUUUAUACACACUUGUGUUAUUAAGAGGGAAGGUUUCAUUCAAGUGCCUUACAAACAUGCAUUCAGAAUCAGUGAAAUCAAGUCAAUCUCCCCCUGGUGAAGGUGAGAAGCAUAAGAACCUGGAUAGAGAAAUUAGGGAGAUGGUUUCUGCCAUCACUGGUCGUGUCACUAAUUUUCAUAAACCAGGUUCCACCCAUCAUUUGGACAAUGAGGAUGAACAUGGCACUAGGAUCAUCACGCUUGCAGGAACCAACGAAGGAGCUACUCUGCGGAGUGAAAUGGACGAAAAAUCAGGUAAAUAUUUUUCUCAUGAAGAGCCUGAAUUAUUGAGUACUUAUGUUAACAGCAACUUCCAGGCCAUCAACAACUCAAUCAUGCUUGGUGGUAACUACCAUGCUAAUGAUCCUGGUGUACGCAUGGAUAUUGAAGACUUCACUGAGAAUCCCGAAAAUCGCCAUAAGACUGAGAGGCAUGGCAAGAAGGACAAAAAGGAAAAGGAUAAGAAAGGGAAAGAAAGUUCCAAAAGUGAGCAACACUCUGAUUAGUAAAGCUUAUGAUCAAAACUAUAUAUGGGGGUGUCAAAGAAUAACUGCAACCUGCACUUUUUUGGAACUAGAACUUCUGUGUCCCACGUUAAACCACUGGUUAAUGUGUGAUUUGAAAGACUAUGUUCCCCUAAUGAUUUUUAUUUUAUUUGUGUUUGUUCUUCAUUUGUUUGUGGGUUAUUAAAUCAUCAAUAGAGGAAAAGUAAGUUACUGUUUCCAUGCUGAAAAAUAUUAUAUAAACACAUGCUUGUUGGGUUCUGAGUCAAGCAAGUCAUUAUACA